AUGAGUGAGAAGCAGGCACGGCGUCCUCCUGUGGCGCCAAAGCCCUCCUUUAUCCAGCAACACAAUGCUGCCACAGCCAAACUCUCUCCCUUGCCCUCACCCGCCCUUCAGGGUGCCACUUUGGCAUUUGGACCGCCUGCGGUCAAACCGCCCAAUGUCUCCGUCUCCGCAUCACAUAAUCCAUCUGCAGGAGCCCUGCUUGCGGCAACCACUGCCUCUAUCAGGAAGCAGCAACAACGGCAAAAUGAAGGCCCUUCCCAAGAGCCAGCCAUCAAUCCGCGGGGUCGGGCGUUGACGACAGAAAGGCUGCCAGUCGCAAUUUCCGACUACUCCUCAUUAUCUCCUCCCAAGCCUGGGCUCCGGCCUCACCCUCCUCGAUCUACGUCUGCCGUUGCUGCCGUUGUUGCUUCUGCGAGGACAAGCCCUGUCCGCAGGCCGGAAUUGAAAAGAGACUUGGCGAGCUCGUAUCUGGCAAGGCGGGAUCCAUCUCAAGUUCGAACUCGGGGAAUGAGCACAAGUAGCAGCAGCGAGACUGUCCAAUCACUUCCACAGAGCGCGGCUGCUCUCGCUGGGGCGCAGGCCUCGAUGACAACUGCUCCAGUCCAGGUACAGACUGCAACGGGUGACAAGCAUAGAAGUGACUUAAGCUACCUUUCCAAUUUACCUCUUUACUCUGUUCAGGCCUCUUCGGCGCCGAGUCCAUCUCUGUCUGGAGCUGCGGCGGCCGCUACAGCCUCUAGGAAUGCUGCUAGUCUAGAGGCAAGAAGAAGAGCUCUAUCCACCUCUGAAGAAAGCAGCCCCAGCGCACCGGUGUUCCGGAAUCUUACUGCGUCCCCUCAGUCGACCACUGGCUCAUCAUGGCCACGCCUCCGAGUAACUCCCCCACAGACCGAUUCAGAGAGUGAUACCGGACGGCCAAAGGUCGAACACACCCCCAAGCCUUUACCAGCGCCUAUUCCACUGCGCGCCAACCGUGCAGCGAUCGUCGCACAAGAACAGGCUUCGGCGCAGGAUUCGCGAACAGGAAUGACUGCAAGUUCUCUGGCAGACGCCAUGGUCGCCGGGUCAAUAGCAGCCCAACACACUGGCUCUCGUGGAGCCUCUCCUGCCUCGAAAAAGGUCCCGCCACCUAUACCUCGUCGACGCUCGAAGUCUGUGGGCGCUUUUGUAAGCACUCGACAAUUGAUGCACCUCCCAGCCCUGAGAAGGGAAACAGUCUCGCAAACACCCAAGCUAAAGCCACUUCCUAUGCGACCCAUGAGGCAGACAUUGCGGAAUACCUCGCCUGAACACGAUGAACCGGCGGAAGAGAAGCGAGGGCGCAGGCAUUGGAGGCGGCAUCCCAACAUGCACCAUGAGGGGGAUCGCAGGCGGUGGAGAGACAAGGUUACGGAGCGGGAGAGGAAGCGGUACGAAGGUGUCUGGGCAGCAAACAGAGGGCUACUUCUCGAUUACGACCUGGACAAUUCGGGCUUGGGGCCGAGAAAGGAUGGCACUCCCGCUAGUGACUUGGUUCUCAACGUUGUGGUCCGAGAUAUCUGGGAGCGAAGCCGUUUGCCCAAAGAUGUAUUGGAGGAGAUCUGGGACCUUGUGGCGCAGCCAGGGGCGAAGUCACUCAAUCGGGAGGAGUUUGUGGUGGGUCUCUGGCUCAUUGAUCAGAGGUUGAAAGGCAGAAAGCUGCCUGUCAAAGUCUCGCCGAGCGUUUGGUCGAGUGUCAGGCAUCCACAGGGUGUGAAGAUCUCUAGUUAUUCACUGCACAAAUAA